GCGCGGUCGGACGCCACCCGCGUGGCCUCUCCGCGGCCCCUCGGCGCCCAGGGCCGCGGCGCGCACGCGCCCGGUGCUCGUUGGCGCGCGCUUAAAGGCCGGCGACCCGCGGGCCCUUUCCGCCUCGCCAAUCCAACCCCCGGCGUCGCCCCGUCCCAUCGCGCGUCUGAACCCAGCCAGGUCGCGCGCGGCAGUCGCUCUCUCAUCUCAGGCCAAGGACGCUCAGGCGGGCCGCGAGGUAUAUAAACGCCGCGCUCUAGCUCAGCUGUGCACUCGGGUCGAGCAGCUCGCUUCCAGUUCCAGCAGACACAGACUACUGCGCGAGUAAACGCCCCGCCCCUCGCCGAGCUUGAGCUGCGCAGCGCAGAGGUGGGGGCGAUGGAUCCCUACAAGUACCUCAAGAUCCGGUUCAACCCCGACGGCUCGCUGUACCGGUACGGGGAGGCGCCGCUCCUCCCGGCGGCGCCGGCGGGGGAGCCCGUGGCGGUCGCGGCGGAGGGCGGCGGGGACGGCGAGCAGGGGCCGCGCCGCAUUGUGGUCCACUCCAACGACGUCCCGCUCAGCGAGGCCGCCGGCACGGGCCUCCGCCUCUUCGUGCCGUCCGGCGGCCACGCCCGGCUGCCGCUGAUCGUCUACUUCCACGGCGGCGGGUACGUCCUCUUCCGCGCGGCCUCCGAGCCGUUCCACAACACCUGCACGGCGCUCGCCGCCGCCGUCCCGGCGGCCGUCGCGUCCGUCGACUACCGCCUGGCGCCCGAGCACCGCCUCCCGGCCGCGUUCGAGGACGCCGCCGACGCGGUGCUGUGGGCGCGCCCGCACGCGGCCGCCGGCCGGCCGGUGUUCGUGAUGGGCAGCCACAACGGGGCCAGCAUCGCGUUCCGCGCGGCGCUGGCGGCGGCGGACGCCGGCGUGGAGCUGCGCGGGGUGAUCCUGAACCAGCCGCACCUCGGCGGCGCGGCGCGGUCGCCCGCGGAGGCGGCCUCGGUGGACGACCGCGUGCUGCCGCUGCCGGCCAACGACCUGCUCUGGGAGCUCGCGCUGCCCGUGGGCGCCGACCGGGACCACGAGUACUGCAACCCGGAGCCGAUGCUGGCCCGCGUCGGCGCGGCGCGGCUGCGGAGGCUCCCGCCCUGCCUGGUGCUCGGAAGGCGCAAGGACCCGCCGCGGGACCGGACGAGGACGCUGGCCAACGCGCUGCGCAAGGCCGGCGGCGCCGUGGAGGCGAGGCUCGACGGCGCCGGGUACCACGCCAUGGAGCUGUUCAAGCCCAACUGCGCCGCCGAGUUCACCGCGCAGGUGGCCGACUUCGUCCGCCGCCACUCCGCCGCCGGCGCCGGCGACGUGGUUGGUGUGAGCAAGCUGUGACAGACGGUCAACCCGAUCGGGCGGCCGCAGUGGGGGUUGCUGUACGGCGCUUUUGGUGCAAGUUGCAGCGAUGUUUACGGGGGGCAUAUCUCAAUCAUAUCAUCAUCGUCAUGCUACAAUGCGGAGCGGCGACUGGCGCGAGCUCGCCGACGACGUCCAACGGACAGGUAGACCUGGUGCCGUGCGGAUAGGGGCGAGGGUUGGCCGCUUUUUCUUUUUUCUUUUUUUUUUUGUACCGGCGAGUCGACCUCGACGUGAAUUCGUGCAGGGCAGACUGAAAUAACCGAAUAGAGAUUUCAGUUACUCGGAUGUGCAAACCAAUUUCUGAAAGGUGUGGCUGAGAGAGAUUGGUUUGCACUUUUUGAAUAACUGAAAUCGCUUCAUGUUGUGUCAAAACUAACUAAUGCUCGAGAAAAAAAAAUUCUCUACCUUUACGAAGACUGAAAAUUUA